GCUGCCAAUACAAGCUGUACAGUAUAAGCAACGAUACGGGAAAAUUAAAAUCAGAAACGUAUACUAGUACAAGUUUCACAGAAUGAGCUCCGUUACUUUCUCAAUUUGGCUGAUCACGUUUUUGUGCGUGAGCGUAGAAUGCAUCCAGAACGGCGAAUUCAUUUCCAUAUUAGAAGCGCCUUAUUACGCUUCACUUGUUGACCAAACCAGAGAUGGUUCGUGUGGUGCGGCAAUACUUUCCGAUUAUUGGCUGGUCAGUGCUGGCCACUGCGUUGCAAAUGGUUACGAGGAACUGGAAGUUCGUACAGGCGCUACCAGAAAUUAUAGUAAUGGGACUAUUCAUACUAUAGAGAACGUAGUAAUACCUAAAAAUUAUACAUUUCACUUUUCGAAAUUCACUAAAGACUUGGUUCACGUUAACGAUAUCAGUUUGAUAAAACUUAAGGAGCCAAUAAAAUUCGAUGAAUAUCAGCAGCCGAUAAAAUUACGUUCCACUCCGCCAAAAGAAAACGAUACUGUUACUAUAGUUGGAUUGGGAUUAGAAAGAAUAUUAAAUAAUCCUCCAUCUUUGAAAAAGACCGUGCAGUCGGUUGCAGCAACGGCUCCCCCCUUUGUUCCAAAACCUCCAGGUGUAUUCCAUUUACAAAAUAGCACAUCGCAUUUCUGUCCUGGCGACUCGGGUAGUCCGGGUGUGAUUGACAACAAGCUAGCCGGUAUUGCAGUUUUUGUGGACGAAAUGUGUAUGGACUGGUCUGUCAGUCAUAACAAAAAAUAUCCUGGUGCCCUUACCAGAAUAGACAUAUUUUACAACUGGAUACUCAAUCACACAGAGAUUAACAACUGAAAAUGUCAUAUGUCAUUGUUAUUAAUUUUUAAUAAGAUAAUGCAAAUUAUUAUCCAAAACUUUUAGUAUCAAAAUAGCUCAAAGCAGAAGAAAGUGGUUUUUCUCAGCUGCAUCUAUGUAACUAAAUUAUCGACGUGACGAAGAGUGAAUAUUGAUUAAACUGUCAUUUUUAGACAAAUAUAUUCCACAAGAAAAAACAUUGCAAUUUUUCAAAUGAAAUGCCAUAAUAUUCUGAAUAAAUAACCAAAUAUAUCAAUAUUUUUUUGACUCCAACUAACGUUGCGUGUACGAAAUCAAAUUGACGGUUUUUCAGCUGUGAGAUAUAAAACUUUCUCGUUCUACUGCUGUUUGUAUUUUUAUAUGAGAAUUGUUUUUAAUAUCCUCAUUUUGUAAAUAAGAAAUGUUUUUAUACGUAAUUUUCAAAUAUCUUCAAUAAAUCUA